UGAUAUAUUUAUGCCAGCAUUUGUCCAUUGAAUUCUGAGGUAGAGACUGUCACUUAAAUCAACAAAUCACAAGCAAACUCACUCUGUCUCUCGGGCUAAGUUUGUUUCACAAAAAUUACACUUGAUUGCAUAAUCAAACAAAGACAAUUCCUGGGAGGACCCUCUUGUCGACAUUGUAAAAUUAUAGCAAAAAAUGGAUCAGAAGAAACAAGGUAGAAGUGAAGAAGAGAAAUGGGUGCUUGAUGCAUCUGUGGAUUAUAAAGGGAGACUUCCUUUCCGUGCUUCCACUGGUGGAUGGAAAGCUUCUCUUUUUGUUCUUAUAAUUGAAUUUAAUGAAAGAAUAAGCUACUUUGCAUUAUUCGCUAAUCUUAUCACGUACCUGACUAAAGUGAUCCAUCAAGACCUCAGUACAGCUGCAAAGAGUGUAAACUACUGGGCAGGAACAACAACCCUAAUGCCUCUGAUUGGGGGAUUUAUUGCUGAUGCCUACACUGGUAGAUUUCAUAUGGUCAUAUUUUCUUCCCUCGUAUACUUAAUUGGGUUAAGCCUUUUGACCAUGUCUCAAUUCAUCCCAAGUCUAAAGCCAAGCAACAAUAAUCAGCCUAGGGUGGUUCAUGAAGCGGCCUUCUUCCUUGCCGUUUACUGUAUCUCCUUGGGCAUUGGAGGACACAAACCAUCCUUGGAAAGCUUUGGAGCUGACCAAUUUGAUGACGAACACAGGGAAGAAAGGAAGAAGAAGAUGUCUUUCUUCAACUGGUGGAGCUUCAUUGUGUGCUUUGCAUUGUUGCUUGGUGCCACAAUGGUUGUUUAUGUUCAAGACUUUGUGAGUUGGGGAGUUGCUAGUCUCAUCCUCACUAUUCUCAUGGCUCUCAGUACCAUAGCUUUCUAUGCAGGGAGGCCUUUUUACAGGUACAAGCAGCCACAAGGGAACCCUUUUAGGCCAAUUUUACAAGUAUUAUUUUCAGCAAUAAGGAAAAGGAAUUUGUCAUGUCCUUCAGAUCCUGCUCUAUUGUAUGAAGUCCCAGCGUCAGACAAGUCCCAAGGAAGGCUUCUGAGCCAUACUAGCAGGCUCAGGUUUCUUGACAAGGCUGCAAUAAUUGAAGAGAAAUAUGUUGAGCAGAAAGACAAUACAUGGAGAUUAGCAACAGUGACAAGAGUGGAGGAGACAAAACUUGUUCUAAACGUAUUUCCCAUUUGGCUUACUUCAUUAACAGCUGGGUUAUGUAUGGCACAAGCCUCAACACUUUUUGUGAAACAAGCAACUGUUAUGAACUUAAACAUAAGCAACAAUUUCAAACUACCACCAGCUUCUCUUAUCUCAAUUACAGCCCUUGGUACCUUAAUAUCUCUCCCAAUAUACGAUAGGAUCAUUGUUCCAACUCUAAGGAAAGUGACAGGUAAUGAAAGAGGCAUUAGCAUCCUAAGGAGGAUUGGCAUUGGCUUGACAUUAUCAGUCAUACUUAUGGUGGUUGCUGCCUUAGUAGAAGCAAAGAGAUUAUUAAGAAGUGAUGAAGGGACUAUAAUGAGUGUGUCCUGGUUGAUACCCCAAUACUUGAUACUUGGCAUUGGAAAUUCAUUUUCCCUAGUUGGGAUGCAAGAGUAUUUCUAUGACCAAGUUCCUGACUCAAUGAGAAGUUUGGGAGUGGCUUUUUAUCUUGGUUCAAAUGGAGUAGGAAACUUCUUGAGCAGCUUUUUGAUCAUGAUUGUGGACAAUGUCACUGGAAAAUCUGGAAAGAGUUGGAUUGGGAAGGACAUAAAUUCAAGCCGUUUGGAUAGGUAUUAUUGGAUGUUGGCUAUGAUCAAUGCUUUGGAUUUUGAAGAAGAGAAAUGGGUGCAUGAUGCAUCUGUGGAUUAUAAGGGCAGAGUUGCUCACCGUGCUUCCACGGGUGUAUGGAAAGCUUCACUUUUUGUCCUUGCAAUUGAAUUUAGUGAAAGGCUAAGUCACUUUGGGAUAUCCAGUAAUCUUAUCAUGUACCUGGCUAAUGUGAUGCAUGAAGACCUCAAAACAGCAACCAAUAAUGUAAACUUCUGGAAAGGAGCAACAACCUUGAUGCCUCUAAUUGGGGGAUUUAUUGGUGAUGCCUACACUGGUCGAUUUCGUAUGGUCCUCUUUUCCUCCCUCUUAUACCUUCAGGGAUUAAGCAUGUUGACCAUGUCUCAAUUCAUCCCUAGUUUAAAACCAUGCAACAAUGAGAUAUGUGAUCGGCCAAGGAAGUUUCAUGAAGUGGUUUUCUUCCUUGCCCUUUACUGCAUCGCCUUGGGAACCGGAGGAUUCAAACCAUGCUUAGAAAGCUUUGGAGCUGAUCAAUUUGAUGAUGAACACCUCGAAGAACGAAAGAAGAAGAUGUCUUUCUUCAACUGGUGGACUUUUGUGCUGAGCCUUGCAAUGCUGCUUGGCGCAACAGUAGUUGUUUAUGUUCAGGACUUUGUGAGCUGGGGAGUUGCUUGUCUCAUACUCACUACGUUUAUGGCUCUCACUUUCAUUGCUUUCUAUGUGGGGAUGCCCUUUUAUAGGUUUAGGGAUGCAGAAGGAAACCCUUUCAUGCCAAUUCUACAAGUCCUAGUUGCGGCUAUAAGGAAAAGGAAUUUGUCUUCUCCUUCAAAUCCUGCCCUAUUGUAUGAAGUCCCAAAGUCAGACAAAGGAAGGCUUCUAAACCAUACUAGUAGGCUCAGGUUUCUUGACAAGGCUGCAAUAGUUGAAGAAAAGUAUACUGGGCAGAAAGUGAGUUCAUGGAGAUUAACAACAGUGACAAGAGUGGAGGAGACAAAGCUUAUUCUGAAUGUUGUUCCCAUGUGGCUCACCUCAUUAUUAGUUGGAGUAUCUGUAGCACAAGGCGGAACACUCUUUGUUAAACAAGCAGCUUCUAUGAACCUAAAGAUAAGUGACAACUUCAAAAUCCCACCAGCUUCCAUGAGUUCCCUUGCAGCUUUUGGCAGCAUAAUAUCUGUCCCAAUAUACGAUAAGAUCAUUGUUCCAGUUAUGAGGAAAGCCACUGGUAACGAAAGAGGCAUCAGCAUCCUUAUGAGGAUUGGCAUUGGCUUAGCAUUAUCAAUCAUAAUCAUGGUUGUUACUGCCUCGGUAGAAACAAAGAGAUAUAGAUUGGGUGAGACAAUGAGUGUGUUGUGGCUGAUACCCCAAUACUUGAUCCUUGGCCUUCAAUAUACAUUUUCUCUGGUUGGUCUGCAAGAGUAUUUCUAUGACCAAGUUCCUGACUCAAUGAGAAGCUUAGGAAUGGCUUUGUAUCUUAGUGUGCUUGGAGUAGGGUACUUCUUAAACAGCUUUCUGAUCAUGAUUGUGGACCAUGUCACGGGGAAGAAUGGGAAGAGUUGGAUUGGAAAAGAUAUAAACUCAAGUCGUUUGGAUAAGUUUUAUUGGAUGUUGACUAUGGUAAAUACUUUGAAUUUGUGUCUCUUUCUAUUGUUUGCGAAGAUGUAUACUUAUAAGACCGUACAGAGGAAAGCUAGGGAAAAUGAAAUUGAUGAUGGGGUGGUUACAAUGGCAUGAUAUAUCUCAUGCACUUCUGCUUAAAUAAACAUGGAAUUUGUUGUUACCUUUUAUAUUUUCUGAAAUCUUGAUGCUCGACUUUACCUUUA